UCUGUGUGUUAUGACAACAGCAGGUCAUCACAACGCACCAGUGUGAGAUAGAACAAAGCUUCAACCCAAACUGCAGUUGAACAGUAGAAACUUGGAGGAUCUUCCAGCUACAAAUGGAGAACGGCAGGAAGACCAUGGUCCUCGACAGAUUAAACAGAAGGUCUAGAGACUGCAACCUGGAAAAGGAGGUUCCUGAAAAGAAAUUGGAGAAGGUGAGGGCUCACCUGGAAAGGGCCAACAAUAGAUACAUGAGCUCUAGAGCAGUGGAAAACUUGGACAAUCAAGAGGAAGGUGGCAGACAGCAGGAAAAAGCCAGCAACACGCAGGAAUUGAGGAAGCUGAAUGACUUUUGGAGGCAUGAGCAUGAAAAAUACCUCCAAGAGCAUCAAAUGAAGCUGCAGCUCAGAAAAGAACUGGAAAUGACUAAACAUCAACUGGUUCAUGAGAAGGCUCUCAAAGAAAUGUUCAUUUACAAAGCGUCUGAAGCAGACAAUGCUCUAAAGAGGCUGCGGAAAUGUCUCUUUAAUAUCGACAUGGUGAUCGCCAACGGAGUUCACAAUGAAAGAAAGCAGAAGAAGGUGUUUCAAAAAGAGUUGGAAGAGCUUCAAGUGGCUCACAAAAUCAGCCAGCAAAGGUUCUCAGCUGAGCUCAAGGUUGAGAAAGAUAAAAUUAUAGGUUUUCAGCAAGAACUUAAGCGGUUGAAAGCACCGUAUCAGAUCAACCGAAGGGAUGAAAGGAAGCUGAAAGCUGAAAGAGAAGAGAGCGAUGGUCUCCAGGAAGAGCUUGAGAAUGAGGUUCCAGAGAAGAUGGUCAUGAAGCCGCUGAGGGCUGAGGGGGACACUCUGUUUCAACAGAUUGAGGAGGAGAUACAGGCCCUGCACAGACAGACACUGACCAACCAGUUCACAAAGUUCCAGGCUGAGGCCGAGGUCAGUCAGGGCCUCCGAUCUGAACCAAGCUCAAAGAAAAGCAGAAGGACGAGACCAGGAAGAUUGCCAAGGAGACUCCCUCCAUGAUGAUGGAUGAUAGAUCAUGAUGAAGACCACAUACUGAGGAGAAGCUUGAGAAGAAAUGAAGAAUC